CCUGGAGUACAAGGAAUGCAACAGACUCUUGAUGAAUAUUAUCACAAGGGAAAUGUUGGUGAACAUGGAGCUGGUGGUCUAAAAGGAGAGAAGGGUGAAACCGGAUCGCCAGGAUUUCCAGGAUCUAUUGGCCCUAAAGGUGAAAAGGGAGAUUCUGGGGAACGCUUUACAAAAGGUGAAAAGGGAGAUAGAGGAGAACCUGGAAUAGCAGGAUCACAAGGAAUAAAGGGCGAGCCUGGAGAUCCUGGUCCACCUGGUGUAAUUGGAAGCCCAGGACUAAAGGGUCAGCAAGGACCUGCAGGCUCUGUGGGACCCAGAGGACCACCAGGAGAUAUUGGGUUACCAGGAGAACACGGUAUCCCAGGCAAACAAGGCAUUAAAGGAGAAAAGGGAGACCCAGGUGGGAUUACAGGCCCUCCUGGACUUCCAGGUCCAAAAGGUGAGGCUGGUCCUCCAGGAAAAAGCCUGCCAGGGGAACCAGGAUUAGAUGGAAGUCCUGGGGCACCUGGUCCACGAGGGCCAAAGGGCGAAAGAGGACUGCCAGGUGUCCAAGGCUCGCCAGGUGACAUAGGCCCCCCAGGGAUAGGAAUUCCUGGCCGAACUGGCUCCCAAGGACCAGCUGGAGAGCCAGGGAUUCAGGGUCCUCGAGGUCUCCCUGGGUUGCCAGGAACUCCAGGGACCCCAGGGAAUGAUGGAGCUCCAGGGAGGGAUGGAAAGCCAGGUCUGCCAGGUCCCCCAGGUGACCCGAUUGCACUUCCUCUCUUGGGAGACAUCGGGGCCUUGUUCAAGAAUUUCUGUGGCAACUGCCAAGCCAGUGUCCCUGGGCUAAAAAGCAACAAAGGAGAAGAAUCAGGUGCUGGUGAGCCCGGAAAGUUUGAUUCUGCAGCCCGGAAGGGCGAUCUAGGGCCACGGGGUCCUCCAGGAAUCCCAGGCAGAGAGGGACCAAAGGGGAGCAAAGGCGAGCGGGGCUACCCUGGCGUGCCUGGGGAGAAAGGUGAUGAGGGUCUUCAAGGAAUUCCAGGCCUUCCAGGUGUUCCUGGCCCCACAGGACCGCCUGGCUUAUUAGGAAGAACGGGACACCCUGGCCCCAUGGGAACAAAGGGUGACAAGGGCAGUGAGGGGCCCCCUGGGAGACCUGGACCACCUGGACCACCUGGACCACCUGGUGUACCAUUCAAUGAAGGGAAUGGAAUGAGCAGUUUAUAUAAAAUCCAGGGAGGUGUGAACGCUCCCAGUUACCCAGGGCCACCCGGCCCCCCUGGCCCCAAAGGAGAUCCUGGCCCAGUGGGAGAACCUGGUGCAAUGGGGUUGCCAGGACUAGAAGGCUUUCCUGGUAUAAAGGGAGAUCGAGGGCCAGCAGGCCCCCCGGGAGCAGCAGGAAUCUCGGGGAAACCCGGAGCCCCAGGCCCCCCAGGAAUUCCAGGAGAACCGGGGGAGAGAGGCCCUGUUGGAGACGUAGGUUUCCCUGGACCAGAAGGACCCUCAGGAAAGCCUGGAAUAAAUGGAAAAGAUGGAUUACCAGGUGUUCAGGGCAUCAUGGGUAAGCCUGGAGAGAGAGGCCCCAAAGGAGAACGGGGUGAUCAGGGAAUCCCAGGAGACCGAGGCCCACAAGGUGAACAAGGAAAACCAGGCCUUCAAGGGAUCAAGGGGGCCAUUGGUCCUGUGGGGCCCCCAGGAAACAAGGGCUCCCCAGGAUCCCCUGGGCACCAGGGCCCCCCAGGCAUCCCCGGCCUCCCUGGCUCCCCGGCUGAUGUGGUUUCAUUUGAAGAAAUAAAGAAGUAUAUUAAUCAAGAAGUUCUGAGGAUUUUUGAAGAGAGGAUGGCCGUGUUCCUAUCCCAGCUCAAGCUCCCAGCAGCAAUGCUGGCUGCUCAAGCUCAUGGGAGGCCUGGGCCUCCAGGCAAGGAUGGGUUACCUGGACCUCCAGGAGACCCUGGACCCCAAGGCUACCGAGGACAGAAGGGAGAAAGGGGGGAACCGGGAAUUGGGCUUCCAGGGAGCCCGGGUCUUCCUGGGACUUCAGCUCCGGGCUUGCCAGGCUCACCAGGUGCCCCAGGGCCCCAGGGCCCCCCAGGACCUAGUGGAAGAUGUAACCCAGAAGAUUGCCUGUAUCCCAUUUCACAUGCCCGACAGCGAACAGGUGGGAAGUAACCACACCCCAGGAAGACUUGAUGCCAUUCACCUCUCCUUGCUGUUGGAACUUUCUAAAUACCGUCAGACCCUUGU